CAAAAAAUUCAGUUAAGAACUUCAGGGUACGAGCAGUCUUGUCUAAAAUUUAGACGUUUUUGCUUCCACAAUUUAUCUGUUUUGAGUUUGAGAUACCAUCCCUCGUUGUCGGUGUGUGUAUCUUAUAGGACCCAUGUAGUCUCAUGAUUUGUAUUUACGGGACCCAUCAAUCUUACUUCUAUCAUGUGCAUUUGUUCUUGAGUAUGGAAUCGAAGGGGGAAGAAGUUGGCUACAUGAAGAGUCGGUCACUCCGAGUGCCUCCGUCGGAAAAGCCGAGCAAGGAAUUCAGCCCCGGUGAUAUCCUGGCUCUGACUGAAGCUUCAUCAGAAACAGUUGCUGGAUCAUCUACCUCGGAAGGUGUGAAUGGUGAUGGCCUGACAGGCUCUAUAGAGGCGAUCAAUUCUGGAAGGGAAGUGGAAACUGCUCUCGUGAAAAGACGAUUCGUGGGAGUCAGCACAUCCGACGAGCAACAAAAAGAAGAGAAAAAGGAAUCGGAGGAGGAAUUGGAACAGGAGAGACUGGAUAAAGCAGAUGUGAGGGCAAAAUCUACACCCGAACCAUAAUGUACACUAUGAUGGCAGCGAUACUCCUCCUACAAAUUUACAUUUUCAUCAACUACCUUCAAAUCAGACAGGAAAUUGUAGGACUGGAGAAAACCAUGUCUAAGGUCAGACUUCAAAGCCAAAUGCGAAGAAAUAAACUGGAAUUAGGAUCGGAGCUGGAUGCAUUCGAAGAUAUUCGCGUGUACUGUGACGAAAAAGGGGGAGCGAUUGGCUGGGAUUACCGUAGAUGCUACGUCUCUUUCAAGCCAAUUGGUCUGACCAUCCCUCAGAUGGUUGAAAAGUGCAGAUUGAGAAGCCUGAUCCUUUUCUACCCAAAAUCAAUGGCAGAGAUCCAAUUUAUCGGGAGUGAUAUGGGCAAGAAAGUGGUAUUUUUUGGAAAAGAAAUCCCUACACAGUUCAAAGAAAGCGGACAAGGCGACUACGUCACCUACGACAAUGGGGGGUUGUCUUACAAGUCAGAGCAAUGGGACCUGGAAGUCUCCAAUCGGAUCAAAAGUGGGGAUGCUCUCUGCAUAGAAGAAGGGGAGUCAAAACCAGAGUUGUACAGGUGUCGAUCAACCACAGGCCGAUCCAAAUAUAUUUGCAUAUCCGAAUUCUGACAGCAAAAAUAACACUAACACUCAAAAAUUCUCUAUUUUCCCGUCGAAAUCAACUAAUUCCUCAUCAAGAUCAUUUUAAUUAGCUUCG